UGUGCCAUUCUUCCUUCGCGGAGGCUGGAGGGAGUUCCGCGCGCCCAGGCCGCUUCGCUUCCCGCCUUCCCCGCCUCCACUCGUCGUUCAGAGCCGGUCUGAGGGGCGGCCCCGUCGAUGGCCAGCUUUCCCCCGAGGGUCAACGAGAAGCUCAUCGGCAGGUCACGUACAGUAGGAGAGCUUCUAGCCCCUGUUUCUCCUUUUGACAAGAAGUGUGGCCGUGAAAACUGGACUGUUGCCUUUGCACCCGAUGGCUCCUACUUCGCUUGGUCACAAGGCCACCGCAUAGUGAAAUUGGUUCCCUGGUCUCAGUGUCUUAAUAACUUCUCAUUGCCUGGUGCAAAAAAUUUUGCAAAUGCAAGCCAGUCCAGAUUCUUGAGACAGAACAGCAAUGGUGACCAGAAAACCAAACCUCGUGAGCAUUCAAUAGAUUGUGGUGAUAUUGUUUGGAGUCUUGCUUUUGGGUCUUCAGUGCCUGAAAAGCAAAGUCGCUGUGUGAAUAUAGAAUGGCAUCGGUUCAAGUUUGGGCAAGACCAGCUUCUGUUGGCAACAGGCUUAUCGAACGGGCGUAUCAAAAUAUGGGAUGUUUAUACAGGAAAGCUCCUCCUUAACUUAAUGGAUCAUACUGAAGUUGUCAGAGACUUAACUUUCGCCCCUGAUGGGAGCCUCAUACUAGUGUCUGCUUCAAGAGACAAAACACUAAGAGUGUGGGAUCUAAAAGAUGACGGAAAUAUGAUGAAAGUAUUAAGAGGACACCCAAACUGGGUUUAUAGCUGUGCUUUCUCUCCGGAUUCUUCCAUUCUCUGCUCUGUGGGAGCCAGUAAAACAGUGUUGCUUUGGGAUAUGGAUAAAUGCUCCCUCAUCCGGAAACUGGAAGGUCACCACAAUGAUGUUGUAGCCUGUGAGUUUUCUCCUGAUGGAGCUUUAUUGGCUACUGCAUCUUACGACACUCGUGUUAUUAUCUGGGACCCUUACGUUGGAGUCAUUUUGAUGGAGUUCGGGCAUCUGUUUCCUGCUCCUUCUCCAAUAUUUGCUGGGGGAGCAAAUGACCGGUGGGUCAGAGCUGUAUCUUUUAGUCAUGAUGGACUCCACAUCGCAUCUCUUGCAGAUGAUAAGAUGGUGCGGUUCUGGAGAAUUGAUGAAGACUGUCCUGUGCAAGUUGCACCAUUAAGCAACGGACUUUGCUGUGCCUUUUCUACUGAUGGCAGUGUUUUAGCUGCUGGAACGCAAGAUGGAAGUGCGUACUUCUGGGCCACUCCCAAGCAUGUCUCCAGCCUCCAGCACUUGUGUCGCAUGGCGAUCAGGAGGGUGAUGUCCACCGGUCAAGUCGAGAACUUGCCAGUUCCGUCUGCAGUGGUGGCUUUUCUUUCCUACCGUACUUAGAAAACGGGAGGGAAGGGGUGGUGUCUAAAUCUGAUAAGAACUUGAUAGCCUUUGAGCUUAAAACAUCACAAGAUUUGAGCUAAAUCUGAUAACUUUUCCAUUAAAAAGUCAGACGGUCCUGAACUCUCACCAUGUGGAUAUUUUAAAGACAUUAUUUAUAGAAAAGAACAGUAGAAGUAUUCAGACAAUUUUUUUAACAUGCCAACUGUGAAAAACCUGUACAUAAUUAGAUGUAAGCUACAUAAUUAGAUGUAAGCUACUGUGCUAUCUAUGUAUCCUGUGAAAGCUUUUCCUGGUGUAAUAUGUAGUGUUUAUAUAUUGGGUCUCUGGAGCCUCAAGACAUGAUGGUGCUGUGUGAAGCGGAAGGAAGCUCUUGAACUGGAUGGGGCAUGUCUGGGUAAAUGUUGACAAAGCUUAGAUGCUUCUGUGCUGUUUGUAUGUAGGGGUUGGGAUUAGAAAAUUGGCCCCUGAUUUCAAAGUUGUGUGAGUGUGCGCAUCUUGUUGAGUCUGCAUAAUUGUGUUUUCAUGAGGCCCACAGUGUGUAAGGAAAGGGCGGGUGGGGGGUGGGGGUGGGGGAAGCAAGGACUUGUACUUUGAUUUGAUAAACAGGCAUGCUAUCUUCAAGAGAAGGCCUUAAUUUUGCAGCCAUGUGAAAGGUUAAAAGUUUUCAGUCCUAUGGGUUUUUUAAAGGAAAAAGUCUAUAUGCCUUUGAAAUACAGCCGCUGUAUUCCUGCCUGACAACUUUUAAUAUGUGAACAUCUAACAAACCUUGGUUCUUUUCAGUAUUCUGUGACUCUUUGCCAUUUUAUGGGCUGAUGCUGGGUGAACUACCAAAGAUGAGGCAUUCUCUUUUUGCUUUUGCCUUCUGUUUAUCUGUUCCUGCAGAUAUAAAGAAUGUAUGCAUUGCAUAAAAUGCCUGAUUAUAUAUUACUGAACUUUUUGUAUUAAAGGUACGAAAAUGUC